AUGUCUGAUGUGUCCGGGCGUCGUCCUCUAACCGGCGGUAGUCGCAUGAGCCCGUCAGCUGCGAAGGUGCACAGCAUCGGGAGCAUUUUGACUGUGGUCUCGUGUGUGUUCUUCGCCAUCUCGUUCAUCUCGUCGCUAACAGGUGUCCCCGGCGAGGUACCUACUCCCGCGGCUACAACUUUUAAUGCCAAGGGUAUAUCUGGACACUGCAAUCCAUUCUCAUAUCCUGGCCAUAUUGCACAUGAUCCAUUCCCUGUUUGGAAAACGUUUGACAAUGUCUGCCCAGCAUCCACCGCCAUGCCGGAUAUGCUCGCAUCACUACCAAAUGCAGUCUCGAGGACCCCGGGUCUUAAAAGCACGCUGCGCUCGCCUUUCAUUUCGAAGCAGAGGCAGGAUCAGCUUAUGCAGGCGUUUAAGAAUCGCACUGUGGUUCUCAUUGGCGAUGGUGUUGAUCGCACGAUGAUCAUGAACCUCUGUGACAUGGUCGGUGAGAAGCCCAUGUCGGUGGAUGCUACGCAUCCAUGGGGCGCAAGUCUCAAGAAUCAACCGCUUGGCAGAAAAGACCCGGGAGACACGCUUCUUGCAGAUUACUGCUACGUGCCGCAUUACUCCGCUAUUUUCACCUCGUUCUACCACUACGGAGCUGACACCAAUGAGCUUUGGCGCGAACAGCGUGACUAUCUUCCGCCGGGUCAAUUCGAGAAGCGCGUCUCGCAACUCUUGAAGCCAUACCUCGAAGCCAUGGCAACCCCCCUGCCAUAUAAUGUGCAGAUGCCGCUCGCUCGCUCCAGUAAGCCAGACCUCGUUGUGUUCUCCUCGAGUCUCUGGGAUCUGGCAGCAUGGGCCAUGGAAGAUGUAUCAACGUAUCAAACGAUUACAACAGGAGACCUCUCAGACAACCGCUUGCAAUGGUGGAGGUCACGCUCUGUUGAUAUGAUUGAAGAGCUCCGCCAACAGCUUGGUCCAUCAGUACCUCUGGCAUGGCGCAGCACUCAUGUCCCGAUGACCAAAGUCAAUGAUACUGUGCAAUGGUUCUUCUCCAGCAUGCAUGCGAAAUCUUCGCGCGCACCUGACGAAAAUGGUAUUCAAUUUGCUCACCCGAAUCGCAUAAUUCAAUUGAACCACGCUCGUCGUGCCACCUUAGCCAUGUCCAAUCAAGCUAGCGUGCGUGGUUGGCUGUCCAAGAAUGUGUGGAGUGCCAGUAGUAUGCCUCUGCUGCGCGAUAUUCCCUUCGGCGAAGUAACGAUGGGCCAAUCGACCACACAGGAUACUCUUCUUAAUCCAGGCAUCGAAACAUAUGCGUACAUGUUUUGGAGUAUGGUGCUGCAAGAGCUUUUGAACUUGAGCUUGUAG